GCGGCGGCGGGUAUAAAGCGCGGGCAGGGCGGGCAGGAGGCGCCAGUUAUCGGGCACUAUGGCGUUGGCUCAGGCGGCGGCUGAUGAGGAGGAUGAUCUCGGGCAGCUGAAGGCACUGGCCGACAAACUGAAGCUUCAGACUCGCCGCCCGUCAUUCGCCGAGUGGCAGGAGCGGCUCCAGGGCGACCCGUGGCGGGAGUGUGGCGACGGGGAGCCGGCCGGAGCGGGGACCGGGAGCGGGAGCGGCCAGCCCACACGCCGGGUAGACAUCGCUGUCCACAGUAUCUGCGGGUUCACCAACAUCGCCGGCGCUGUGGGCUGGCUGCGCGCAGAGCUGGACAUGCAGGCUGUGGACCAGCAGUUGGCGCGGAGGCUGAUCUCCCUCCGGAGGGAGAUGCAUCGGUUGAAGGUGGAGCAGAUGUGCCACCAGCACAAGCAGAUGUUGGAGGAAGUGACUAUGGGGCUGGAGGAGUGUGAGGAGGAGUCGGACCUGCUGUGUGACAUUCCCCUCAAAGCUGCCUUCAGCCUCUCCACCCCGCUCAAACACAUCGGCAUCACCAAGAUGAACAUCAACUCUAGAAGGUUCUCUCUCUCCUGAUCCGACCACUGGAUGGACGUGAGGAGUAGAUCACGCCCCGACCCUGACUGACACCCGGCCUGUGUCUGGCCUCUGUCACUCUGACAUGCAGCAAGAUGAGUAGAGGCCUCCGUGACAAACUGUCCCAACGCUCCAACAUCAACCAAGAACAUCUCCAGAACCAGCCUGGAUGUUGACCCCAUAUUUCCCACUUUGUGAUGAGGAAUGUUUCCCAUCAGCUGAUGGUUCCCUGGGGAGAGCAAUGUGUAACAGGUCACUCCACAAGGUGCCUGCCUAAUGGUCAAUCAACAUGUCCCACCCCACCUCGUCUCAUACCUACCAUUGGCCCAUGUCUCUCUGAACCCCCCCCCCCCA